AUGGAAACUGUCCUCAAUUGCAAAAACGAUCGCAAUAAAACGAUAGUUUUCUCGCCGGUGAUUAUUCUCACCGGGGUUCUUCUGUUCACAAUCCUCCGUCUCGGUGCAAUUCAGAAGAUUCAGCAUGAACAAAAGGAAAAUCAACUGAAACAUGAUGAAUUCGUUAAAGAAGAAAACAGAGCAAGAAAAUGCAGAGAAGAAAAAGAGAAACAGAGAUCAAUGAAAUCUCAUAAGCUAGGGGAGCGUUCAGAAAAUGAGGUGAGUUCUGAAACGGGUUUGGAGUCAAGUUCGUGUUUUGUGGAAUGGAACGUGAGAGCGCCAUUGGAGGUGAUAUAUGAAGAGUACGAAGGUGAAGAAAAAUGGGAUGAUGCAAAUGAGAGAGAAGAGAAUUGGAAUAUGGAUGUUUCGAAUUAUUCUUCGUUGAAUCGUUACUUCCCGGAGUCUGAUUCGGAUAGCUCGUCGGAGAGUGGGUCUCCGACGAUAGAGGAGUGGGACGAAGAAGAUGUAGAAGGGUUGAUUGAGAUAGCUUUAGAUGGUAGCAAAAGGGUGAAGAUGAAGAUGGAUUUGGAGUUUCAGUACGAGGAAGAGAAUCUGAUCGAGAUUGACAUUUCUCCGACGAGGUAG